AUGUGUGGGAUCUGGGCCGUGUUCGGUAGUGAUGUAGAUGUCUCCGUGCAGUGUAAGGUGUUCCACAAGGUGGCACAUCGGGGACCAGACGCCUUCAGAAUAGAAAAGAUCAACCAUUUCCAGAACUGCUGUCUUGGAUUCCACCGAUUGGCCAUCCUUGAUGACGUCAGAGGGAUGCAGCCAAUGAGAUUGUACACUCAUCCUCACAUAUGGCUGAUAUACAACGGGGAGAUCUACAACUAUAAAACAGUAUCGAAUCAGCAUGGAUUUCACCCGAGCACAGAUUGCGACGGAGAACCAAUCAUUCACCUGUAUGCCAAAUAUGGUAUUGAUUUCCCCGCCCACCUGGAUGGGGUGUUCGCCUUCUGUCUUCUCGACACAGCCAACAGGAAAGUUUUCAUUGGUCGAGACACUUUUGGAGUCCGCUCCUGCUUCAAGCUUGUCACCGAUAGUGGCUUCCUGGCUGUGUGCUCAGAGGCUAAAGGUUUGUUUGGAUUGAGCCACAACGUAAGCGACGAGGCAGCUGACAUCGUCCACGUCGUCCCCGGUACAGUGGAACAGUACGACCUCGACAACAACGGACGCCACGUUCCGGAAGAUGAAACAGUUCCACUCUAUUGGCGACACCCCUUAUCGGAGGCCUCGUGGCCCAGAUUACAAACUGUGUUGAAAUACAAAUUUCUGUGUGGAAUGCUUACUGCUUACAAUAUAUUUUUGAUAAGAAGUGGCGUGGCAAAGAACAUCCGGGCACUGCUAGAGGCGGCAGUGAAGAAACGCCUAAUGGCCGAAAGAAGGAUUGGGUGUCUUUUGUCGGGUGGCCUCGACUCGAGUCUGGUAACGGCGUUGGUGGUUAAGCAUGCCAAGGAACAGAAACUGCCCUACCCCAUACAGACCUUCUCUAUUGGCAUGGAGGGGAGUACGGACAUCAUAGCAGCUAGGAAGGUCGCAAGACAUUUGGACACUGAACAUCAUGAAAUUACCUUCACACGCCAAGAAGCCUGCAGUAUCAUAGAUGAAUGCAUUUGCCACAUUGAGACAUACGACAUCACAACCAUCAGAUCUUCAAUUUGUUUAUACCUUCUCAGUAAGUACAUCAGCGAGAGGACGGACACAGUGGUCAUCCUGUCCGGUGAGGGGUCUGACGAGCUGGCCCAGGGGUACAUCCACUUCAAAAAAGCCCCAUCACCUGAAGCUGCGGAUGAGGAGAGUCGGAGACUUCUGAAGGACCUCCACUUGUAUGACGUGCUGAGAGGGGACAAGGCCACAGCAGCCUGGGGUGAACUGGAGAUCAGGGUCCCCUUCCUUGACCAUCAGUUCACCAGCUACUACCUGUCCCUCCCUGCCGAGGACCGCGUCCCCAGGAAGGGGGUGGAGAAGUACCUCCUCCGGUCAGCCUUUGAUGGCAUGAACCUCCUGCCCAAGGACAUCCUGUGGAGGCCGAAGGAGGCCUUCAGCGAUGGAGUCUCGGCUGUCAAGAGGUCACUCUUUGAGGUCAUACAAAAUUUCUGUGAUGAACAGGUUAGUGAGGAACAGAUGGAACAGUCAGCAUCCUCUUCCCCUUCAACCCCCAGGACGAAGGAAGCGUUCUACUACAGGCAGGUGUUUGAGAAGUACUACCCGUCCAAGGCAGACUGGGUUCCGUAUAUGUGGAUGCCGCGCUGGACAGAUGCGACUGACCCUUCAGCAAGAACACUUAGUUUUUAUGCGGAAAAGUGA